AUGCCUCGCGUGUCAUACCACCAUGAAAUGGAAUUCGAAACGUUCAGAAAUUAUCAUUCGAGUCUUCAGAGGUUAGCGUUGGAACCGCAAUUUUUUCAUCUACAGCAACAUUUUCUCAAAUUCUCCGAACCUUUGGAACUGACUACAACUGUACCGUUAGAUUUAAGUUUGAAGAGUCAUCAUAAUCAACCGAUUACCCCGCCUUGUACACCGUCUCCUGGAAGCAAAAAAAGCCGACAUUCACCUACACCCGAACUACCUGUGAAGAAGCCGAAAGUAUCUGCAAGUGCCAACAAGAAAACCAAAGCUACCAGAAAACUAAACUUCGAAGAAGACAACACGUCUCCCGUUUCUGGAACGAUCAUAAGAGAACUUAGGCCCGAUGAAAACUUAGUUGUGAGGAAAGGCGACAUAGAUCCAGCCUUCAACGUCGUAGAAAUAACCGAAGAAGCCAAAGCCGAACUAGCCAAGAUUGAAAAUUUGAUUGGAGAUUAUGUUUGUCGUUUAUGUAGAGAACUGUAUGAAGACGCUUUCGGAUUAGCGCAGCAUAGAUGUUCGAGGAUUGUUAAUAUCGAGUAUCGAUGUCCUGAGUGUGAUAAAGUUUUUAAUUGUCCGGCUAAUUUGGCGUCGCAUAGAAGGUGGCAUCGGCCGCGGCAGCCCAAGGAUACCAAACAGGACGAGCACAUUGAAGGAGAUUCAGAAGAUCAAUUCCAAUGUCCCGAAUGCGGAAAACGUUUUCGUCGCAUCGCUUAUCUAAAGAAACACCAAUCUAUGCAUCAACUUGAAUGA